AUGCAGCAUUUCCCAAAAGAUGAAAUUGCAGUGUUAUAUUAUAUCAAGAUGCUCAUCAACGACCUACAUUCCGACCACCAUUUGAUCUUCACGAGGCGCCUAGAAAUUUGUGGGAAGAUAUAUAAAGCAAUUAAGGAUGCAAAGCAUUUGAUUCCCGUUGCAGGGUGGUUAUUCAAUCCUAAAAUGGCUCUGAAAGCCAAGGAAGGUGUGUCUGUGAGAAUUAUGCUUUGGGACGACGGAACAUCCUUACCAUUCAUCAAGAAUAAAGGAGUAAUGAGAACCAACGAUGAAGAUGCUUCAGCCUGUUUCAAGUCGCAAGUAAAUCAUAGCCAAGGAGCGUUUCACUGUGUAUGUUAUAAUACCAAUGUGGCCAGAGGUCCCUACGAGAGUGAAUCCAUUCAGGACAUAUUACAUUGGAUUCGAGAAACAACGAAGAUGAUGUAUAGAUUGAUAGGUGAAGCCAUAAAAGAAAAUGGUAAACCAUGGCACCUGAGGGAUUACUUGAAUUUCUUCUGCCUUUCUGAUAGGGAACAAGAGGUUGAAGGAGAGUUUGUUCCUCCAUACGCUCCUCAUCAAGCAGCACAAUAUUGGAGUGCUAAAAAACAUUGA